AUGUCGAAAUUCUUCAGUUCCGUGCUUCUCAUUUCCAUCGUACUCUUCGUCGCCCACGCGGCUCCAGCAAGCGCCGCAGCAGGAGGCUUCUUAAGCCAAAGUCGCUGCGAUGAAUCUACCUUUCAAUUUUACGACGUAAUCGAACUAGGUCCUGCUCCUGAAUACAAAAUUACCGUUACACCCAAUCUCUCAGGUCUCUGUCCCGGCUCGUCCGGCCAAAUGACGAAUUCCACCUUGAAUUUGAAUACAUGCCUCGCAAACAAUGAUGCUCAUCUCCUCUGGCAGAAGAAGUACACAAACUCUCCACUCCCCUCAUUUCUUCUAACAUAUCUGCGUAGUGGCAUGUUCCAAAGCUCCUGCGGCUGCACACUCCAAAUGCCAAAUCUCUGCUGCGGCUGCAGUAAAUCAAACGGCGAGACAGUUGACAGCGGAAUCUGCAUCGAUCUCAAUCAAGGAGUCGCAGCAGCAGCUGGAAAGUUGAAUUGCAAUACUCUUCCUAGCAACGGUUAA